CCACUCCCUGUCCCCCGCCCCACCCCUGCAGCCACCAGUCUGCCUUCUGUCUCUGCGGGUCACCUAUUCUGGACGUUUUAUAAAUGGACUCCCAAGACACGUGGCCUCUUUCACUCAGCGUGGUGUUCCGAGGUUCCCGAUGACAAAGCCUGUGUGAGGGCCCUUCCUUUGGGUGGCGGAGUACUAUUCCAUCGUGUGGACCUGCCAUGCUGUGUUUAUUCGCCUGUCUGUUGAGCGCCUGUCCUCUGUUGUCAGUGGCGUGGCCGGUAUGAGACCUUGCCCUCCACUGGCUGAGUGACAUCAGGCAAGAUGCUGUCCAUCUCUGGGCUCAGAUGGUCCACUGGCAAAAUGAGGGAGAUGGGACCAAAUAGCCCGGGCCAGUCGAGCCUCAUGUUGGCACACCCUGCCCACACCAAGAGGCCACCCUGACUCAUCUCUAUGCGCCCAAAAUAGAGCAGCCCAGGGGAAUAGGUGAGGGUGGGUUUCUGCCCGGCUUCGGCGUGGUGGCCUGCGCCACAGCCAGGCCAGCCUGCCCGUUCUGCUUUCUGCGAAGCUCCCCCCCCGUUCUGCAUCACUGCGUGGCCACCUCCACACCUGGGUUUAGACAGCUUAGCCCAGGAUGGGAGUGACCUCCCCAGCACAGGAGGCAUGCAAGCGAGCCGUUGGUCAGCCCCUUGUUAAAACCUGUGGAUUGUGUGGUGAAUGUUUGAGGUGGAGGGGAAUGAGGCAUGACUUAAGUUAUUUCCAACUCUGAGAAAGCCCCUUGGUUGUUCCUGCACUUAGGGCUGUGCUGUGUGACCUCAGCAGACCAGCUUACCUCUCUGAGCCUGGGUCUCCUGAAAGCGGGUGGCUUGCUCUCCGAGCCUGCUGGAGAGUUGGUCUCUGGCCAGCACUUUCUAGGCUACUCGUCCUGGCCAUCCUCGCUUGCCCCACCCUGGCCUAUCCCACCCGGCCCUUCCCAGCUCGUGCCGCUGCUCCAGGCACAGCGGCCUGGCACGUGGCAGCUGCGGGAGCAUGCCUCAGGCCUCUGUUGGGGCCUGCCGCCUGGGGACAGACCAGGCGACAGAUUGCGGGCUGACCCUCCCUCCCCUAGCAGCCGUGGGCAGGUCCAGGCCUGCCUGCUUGGGCACUGCCAAGCAGUGGCCGGGCUGACUCCCGUGGUCCCUUGCCAAGGACCUAGAGGCCCGCCCAGGGAGAUGUUGCUUCAGCCUAAGUGGGGACAGUGAGCAGGGCGGGCUCUGGUUUCCCCGCCCCUCCCGCCCUGUAGAACGAGGGGUCCCAGCUGUGCCCAGCUUGGUCACCGUCACCUCCUCCUGAGUGGAAGGGGCUGCUCCUGGUGGGAUCUGGGCAUAGAGGUUCUCAGGAGGAGCAAGGUGGGGUCAGAGGCCAGCAGACCCUGAGUCGAGGAAGCCCAGCCCCCGGGCAUCUCCUGUGAACAGGGGCCACGCAUACACUGACCCCCUCCAGUGACAGCAGCUUCGUGGCCUCGGCCUCGGUGGCUGCCUCAUGAGGUUGUCAUUGCUUUUGCGUCCAGGUCGCAGGUGAGGGUCCCACCUCUAAGGUGAGAGGCUGCCCAGGGCUCCAGCAAUCAGACACCGCCAGCCUGAUACCCAGGCCUCAGAGCGAGCUGCCCACGGCCAAGUGUGCGAAGAUGUCCCAGUCCGCCCAGCCCACCACCACCGAUGAAGGGGCCACGUUCCAGCACCUCUGGAGCUCCCUGGAGCCGGACAGCACCUAUUUUGAUCUUCCGCCGUCGGGCCGGGGGAAUGAGGAGGUGGCAGCGGGUGCGGAGGCCAGCAUGGAUGUCUUCCACCUGCAGGGCAUGACCACGCCUGUCAUGUCCCAGUUCAAUUUGCUGAGCAGUACCAUGGACCAGAUGAGCAGCCGCGCGGCCCCGGCCAGCCCCUACACCCCAGAGCACGCCGCCAGCGUGCCCACCCACUCGCCCUACGCGCAGCCCAGCUCCACCUUCGACACCAUGUCCCCGGCGCCCGUCAUCCCCUCCAACACCGACUACCCCGGCCCCCACCACUUCGAGGUGACCUUCCAGCAGUCGAGCACGGCCAAGUCGGCCACCUGGACGUACUCCCCGCUGCUGAAGAAACUCUACUGCCAAAUCGCCAAGACGUGCCCCAUCCAGAUCAAGGUGUCCUCCCCGCCGCCCGCGGGCACUGCCAUCCGUGCCAUGCCCAUCUACAAGAAGGCGGAGCACGUGACCGAGGUGGUAAAGCGCUGCCCCAACCACGAGCUCGGGCGGGACUUCAACGAAGGGCAGUCCGCCCCGGCCAGCCACCUCAUCCGCGUGGAGGGCAACAACCUCUCCCAGUACGUGGACGACCCUGUCACCGGCCGGCAGAGCGUCAUGGUGCCCUACGAGCCCCCGCAGGUGGGGACGGAAUUCACCACCAUCCUUUACAACUUCAUGUGCAACAGCAGCUGUGUUGGGGGCAUGAACCGGCGGCCCAUCCUUAUCAUCAUCACCCUGGAGACUCGGGAUGGACAGGUGCUGGGCCGCCGGUCCUUCGAGGGCCGCAUCUGUGCGUGUCCCGGCCGAGACCGCAAAGCGGACGAAGAUCACUACCGCGAGCAGCAGGCCCUGAGUGAGAGCGCCGCCAAAAGCGGGGCCGCCAGCAAGCGCGCCUUCAAGCAGAGCCCGCCUGCCAUCCCUGCCCUGGGCACCAACGUGAAGAAGAGGCGGCACGGGGACGAGGACGUGUACUACAUUCAGGUGCGGGGCCGGGAGAACUUUGAGAUCCUCACGAAGAUCAAGGAGGGCCUGGAGCUGAUGGAGCUGGUGCCUCAGCAGCUGGUGGACUCCUACAGGCAGCAGCAGCAGCAGCUCCCGCCAAGGCCCAGGAGCCACCUGCAGCCUACGUCCUACGGCCCGGUCCUCUCACCCAUGAGCAAAGUGCACGCGGCCGGGAACAAGCUGCCCUCCGUCAACCAGCUGGUGGGCCAGCCUCCCCCGCACAGCUCCACGGCCGGGCCCAACCUGGGGCCCAUGGGCGCAGGGAUACUCAACAACCACGGCCAUGCCCUGCCGGCCAAUGGAGAGAUGAACGGUGGGCCGAGCGCCCAGACCAUGGUCUCGGGGUCCCACUGCACCCCCCCACCCCCCUACCAUGCUGAUCCCAGCCUGGUCAGUUUUUUAACAGGAUUGGGGUGUCCAAACUGCAUCGAGUGUUUCACCUCCCAGGGGCUACAGAACAUUUACCACCUGCAGAACCUAACAAUAGAGGACCUCGGGGCCCUGAAGAUCCCUGACCAGUACCGGAUGACCAUCUGGAGGGGCCUCCAGGACCUGAAGCAGAGCCACGACUACGGCGCGCAGCAGCUUGUCCGCUCCAGCAGCAACGCGGCUACCAUCUCCAUCGGCGGCUCAGGGGAGCUGCAGCGGCAGCGGGUCAUGGAGGCCGUGCACUUCCGUGUGCGUCACACCAUCACCAUCCCCAACCGCGGGGGCCCAGCUGGGGGCGCAGGGCCGGACGAGUGGGCCGACUUCGGCUUCGACCUCCCGGACUGCAAGUCACGAAAACAGUCCAUCAAGGAAGAGUUCACAGAGAGCGAGGCCAACUGACGGGGCGGGAGGGCGCGCCGGGGACCCCCUGACCCGGUGCCUUGGGACCCGCUUGCAGGAGUGCAGCGAGCGGGGCCUCUGGGCCUGGGGGCCCCGGGAGGCCGCACUUGAGCUCUGCCUCCGUUUGUCACAAACUGCUGUGGGAGGACCUCUGGAGCUGCGCUGGGAAAGGGCUGGUCCAGCCCGGCGGCCGCCGCACCGCAGGCUGGGCACCCAGGCUGCGCAAGGGUGUGCGCCCAGAGCCCGCCUGUCCCCCAGGUGGGCCUCCCCCUGCUGCCCCACCUUCCUGGGGCUCCGCUGACUGACUGCCAAAAAGGAUUUUUGAUGUCUGGUUUGGGGUAGCAACCAGCGGCUUGGUGGUUGUACCUAAACACCUCUGUUUUCGGGUCAAGCCUCAAACCAUGUCUCUGUCCCAGGCUGGUCCCUCUGCUGGACUUGAGGGUCAGCCUGCCCCUUGCACCCCUGACCGCUCAUGCGAACCCUCCUGCAGCCAUUUUCGACUUCCUGCCCUAAACAAGAGCGAGUUUCAGUGGAACUGGAGAACACUGGUCCUCUCUGAGAGGCGAGGAAGCUUCUGGUCAGCGGCCUCCAGCCAACACCCAUGCCAACACUUCUGGCUGCUGUCACCUCUCUCCAGUGGCCUCAGCACAGAUGAGGACAGCAUGCUCCAAACUUCUGGAAAUUGUCAAUAUUUGAUAAAAUUAUACCGUUUUGUACAUGG